AUGAUUUCGAAAUCGGACAAUAACCCCUACAGGCGAUACUAUCGAUGUGAAUAUGCUGUAGCUAGAAAGCUUGCAAAUGAUAGUCAUAUCUUCAAAUGGGUUGAUGAGGCUCACUUAAAUGAGAUAGAGACACUGAAAACCAACAUUGCAAAACUUGAGGAAAGGAUCGAAGAGAUUACAACAGAGAGGAAGGAAUAUGAGAGGAUCCUGUUUGAGAAGGUGAAAGUGAAGCUCGAGAAGGAGGUAUUAGAGACAAUGGAAAAGGCAAAGGAUGAAUCAUCAUCUAACAUGAAGAAGAUGAUGCUUCUCGUAGUCUUUGGAUGUAUGGUCAUUGUUGGAGUUAGUAAAACAGUAGGUGGUUAA